UGAAACACCAACGAAUUAUAUCAUGUGUUGAUAUUACAAGGAUAUUGUUAUUUGAAGAAGUUCGAGGUGCUAUUAUACGCGUGCUACUUGUUUGGGACCCGUUUGUCACCCAGCUCGACUUCUUCGAUUAUUCGAUUUUACUAUUUCAAUGAAAAAUAUAAUAUUAUAAGUCAUUUGAUCAUUUCAUGUAUGAACUUGACAAAUCUGUUGUACAAUCAUAUGGUAGUGGUAUCUCUGCUAAACUUUAAUGAUCAACACACGUGAGGUGAAAAAUUUACAAAGCAGAAGCCAUGGAUCUCCUGGUGCAAGGGAUGUGUAUUGUGUAUUAUCUCUCGAUCAAGAAGAAAUAUUUAGAACAACAACAAUGGAAAGAACUCUCAAUCCAUUUUUUGGAGAAGAAUUUCAAUUUGAAGUACCUAGAAAAUUUCGUUAUCUUGGCAUUUAUGUUUAUGAUCGUGAUAGACAUUUAAAGCAAGAUAAAAUUUUGGGCAAAGUAGCAAUAAAAAGAGAAGAUUUAGCAACGUAUCAUAAUAAGGAACAUUGGUUUCCCUUGAGACUAGUUGAUGCUGAUUCUGAAGUGCAAGGUAAAGCACAUUUGGAACUUGCCCUUCAACCUCAAAUUGGAUACGCUCAACCUAAACUUACAGUAAGGAUAAUAGAAUGUAGUGAAUUAACUGUUAAAAAUAGUGGUUGUGAUCCAUUUGCAACUGUUACGGUUAACUAUAGUAAUGGUAAACAAGUAUUAAAACGCACAAAAAUUAAAAAAAAAACGAUAUCUCCAUACUUUAAUGAAACAUUUGUUUUUGAGCCAGAAAUAACAGAAUCCAAAGAGAAGGAUAUUUCUCAUUAUCCUCUUGAACGUGGAGAAGUGGGUGAGGUUGUUGUAGGUUUAUGGCAUGCAUCUUCUGGUAUGGGAGAGCAACCAGCUUUUCUUGGUGAAGUUAGAGUUACUUUAAAAGGACUACAAAAGCAGCCGACUAAUACAACAACUGCAUGGUACUUCUUACAACCGCGACAAGUAAAACAUCGCCCAAGUAAAAUUUCAAAUAGUUCUACAUCACCUGGUGCAGUUCCAGGCUUGGGAUCUCUGCGGUUAAAAAUACAUUAUACAGCAGAUCAUGUUUUUCAAUCAGCGGUGUAUGAUAGAUUAAGGAAUUUGCUGUUACAAAGUGUCAAUAUUCAACCAAUAACAUCGUCCGCUGUUUAUAUUUUGGGAGAAAUUGUGGCAAGUAAAAUGGAAGCUGCUCAACCAUUGGUUAGGGUAUUAGUACACUAUGGACAAUUGGUUUCUGUAAUGAGAGCUUUAGCUAGUCAUGAAAUUUCUAAAUUAACUGACCCAACAACAAUAUUUCGUGGUAAUACGUUAGUAAGUAAAAUGAUGGAUGAAGGUAUGAGAUUAGCAGGUCUUCACUAUUUACAUAGUACGCUUAGACCAGCUAUGGAACAAGUAUUCUUAGAGAAAAAGACAUGCGAAAUAGAUCCAACAAGAGUAAAGGAUGCAAAUACAAUUCAAACCAAUUUAGCGAAUUUAAAGGAAUAUGUUGAGAGGGUAUUUACUGCUAUUACAACAUCUGGUGUACGAUGUCCACCAUUAAUGUGCGAAAUGUUCUGGUGUUUAAGAGAACUUGCAGCAACACAUUUUCCAAAAAAUAAGGAAGUAAGAUAUUCAGUCAUCAGUGGAUUUAUUUUUUUACGAUUUUUUGCACCUGCAAUAUUGGGUCCAAGAUUAUUUGAUAUUACUACUGAACAAAUUGAUUCUCAAACUAAUAGAACGUUAACAUUAAUUUCUAAAACAAUUCAGAGUCUAGGAAACUUAGUAAGUUGUAGAGGUGGAGCUGGUAGCGUUUGUAAAGAAGAAUAUAUGGAAUGCGUGUAUAGAGAAUUUUACACAGAAAGACAUAUACAAGCAGUUAAGCAAUUUUUAGAAUUGAUAUCAACUAGUAGCAACAGUGGUAUUGCAAAACAACGAACAAGCACUCAGCAAGAACAACCAAUCGUAUUGAAAGAAGGAAUAUAUUUUCUCUUCAUGCAUACUGCUGAUUGUAAGAAGAGAGUAAUGAUUAAAAGGGCACAAGGUAGAAAACGAUUUGGUCGGAAAAAUUUUAAACAAAGAUACUUUAGGCUUACUACACAGGAUUUAACCUAUUCAAAAACGAAAGGUAAAGAACCGUUAUGUAAAAUACCGCUUGAAGAAAUAUUAGCUGUUGAAAAACUUCAAGAAGAUUCUUUUAAGAUGAAAAACAUGUUUCAAAUUAUUCAAUCACAAAGGGCAUUAUAUGUUCAAGCAGGAAAUUGUGUAGAAGAAAAAGAAUGGAUUGAUAUAUUAACAAAAAUUUGUCGUACAAAUAGCAAUCGAUUAGAAAAAUAUCAUCCGAGUGCAUAUAUUAAUGGUCAUUGGCUUUGUUGUAAAGCAGUAGCAGAAACUGCUCUAGGAUGCAGCGAAGUAUCACCAGGAGUGGAAGCUGGAUUGCGUAUGGUUCUAGAUCCAGAUAGAGAUUUACAGCGAAUACAUUCUUUAAUAUUUACGAAUAUGCCGCGACUUGAAACUUUAAUGAGUGCGUGUGAAUGUCAAGCUGUUUAUGGGGCUAAUGACAUGUGUAUUUUACCAGGAGGUGGGUCUCCUAUAGAAGAUGUGCCCUCUUGUUUUAAAACUUUAACUGCAUUAAGAGAAGCUGCAUAUGCUUUACAGCACGAGCAUAGAGCGUACUUUAGAAGAUUGGCGCGCGAUACUAAAUAUGGAAGCAAGCAAGCUCCGAUUGGUGAUGAUAAUUACCUUCAUUUAGCUGCUAGAGCUGGAUUUGAAAGUCAAUUAACGAAACGUGCUUAUGAAAUAGACAGUUUAAAUCAACACUAUGUAGAAACAGAUCACUGUUAUGAUAGCGGAUUUUCCAGGCGAAUAGAGGAUCAACGAUCAUACGAUGAAACAUUUAGAAAACGUCUAGAUUCUGGCUCGAUACAUCGUAGGUAUGAGAACGAAAAUAAUUUAGUACGACGAUAUGAAAGCGCUACUGAUACUAUUAGAAGUAUCCAAAAUGAUCUCAACACAUUUGAUCAUAGUUUAAAUAAUACAUUUAGGACAGAUAAUUCUGAAAAAAAUGUAAAUUUAGAAAACAAUAGAAUUUUAGAUAGUUCCAGUUUUUUAGCAACAGAUGGAAUUACUAUUUCUAAUACAUUAUCAAGAAAGUUUAAUAGCUAUGACCAUACCAAAAUAUUAAAGGAAUGCACAAUAACAAAGUUCAAAGGUGACAAACCUGAUAUAUCUUGUAAUUCUUUGAAUGAGCAUACUAAUUAAUUCAUUUAAAUUUUGAAGAUGAAAACAUGUUCCUAUAAAGUUUUCUAAGAUAUUGUCUCAUAUGUUCAUGUUAUAUUAAAGGCACACUGUAGUCUUUAAAUUCAUUAAAAUCAUACAAGAUUAUAUUUCUUGCAGUAGUAUACAGUAUAUGGAGUUUAAGUGUAUAUAAUAGUAAUCUUCGAGCUGUUAAAUUUUGGAACAGAAAAAUAUUUUAAACAUUCAAUGCUUUG